UCAGCCUGUCAGCCUGUCAGCCUGUCAGCCUGUCAGCCUCUUCCUCUUGGUGGCUUGAAAAUGCACCACAGCGAUCAACGAAGUCGCAAAGUUGCGCACAUCUGCAUGGCGGCAAUCAUUUCGAUGGCUUAGGCUUAAACAUCCAAAAUCCGGAGAGACCUUUGUAACAUUUGUACGUACACAGGCUACACAGGCAGGUGACAUCUCACUAUCCUUGGCUCCAUCAAUGCAAAAUCACAAAGCUCGGCAUUGAAGCUUGGAACUGCCUGGAGCAAAAAGUUUCGCUUUGUACUGAAACUACUGAAACACUUUCUGCCGACGGCCAGUGAUGCCUUGCUCAGAAACUUCUUGGCAGUUUCAACUUCUCGAAGUUUUGAAGCUUCCGUGAUUCAGGAUGAUUCAGAUUCAGGGAGUCAACGCAGCUAUGGACUUAGCUGAUUGUCAAACAUUUCGAGCUGGAGGCACUUUAACUUCACCCAUUUGACCCGUCGCGCGUCGACCAGGAUGAGUUGAUACCACCAACAAUGGAAGGAUAUGAAUCGUUCCAAACCUCAAAAGAUUCACAGCUAUCCUGUUUUCACAUGUUUGCAGCUUCACAGCUAUGCCAAUGCGCAUCAUUCCCGUCCAUGACACGAUCGAAAUCCAGCUGAACUCGCCAAUCGAGUGACAUUUGCAGCAAUGUCGCAUUUUAUUUUCACUUCGUUACCAAAUUUCCAGCCGCUGAAGCAUUCGGUCUUGAAAACGUGAGCCAAUUUUGAAAAGUCGACGUCCACAAGAUUUACAGUCCACAUGAUCCAAAUGAUCCAAGCCAUAAAAGGCCUUGCGAUCCUCUAAGAUCGGAUCAUGGAUCCCAGCGAUGCCACAUUGGCCACAUUGGCCACAGCCCAUAAGCGCCAUAUCAGUGAUGCCACCACCCGUCACUCGUGUCACUCGUGUCACUCGUGUCAGUGUCCUUUGUCGAUCACCAAACUGUCCAAAGUUUCCGACGGACUUGUAACUUUCCAACACCCGGCAUCUGCUCUGGCUUCGCAUCCGUGGCACCCAGAAAUUAUUGCUGUGCAUGUGACCGAAGUUGCAAAAUCUGGCACAUUGAUGGCGGUAAAAGAGGGAAAACUAUCUGUUCGUGAGUUUGAAAAAGGCUUCUCUGCAUUCUCCGACUCUCGACUACAACAAGUUGAAUUGUCUCAGGAUCAAACUUUGAAAAAUCCAGAGAUUUGAACGAAGUGAGUCCCAACGUGCUUCGUCGAGCAAUUUCCCUGCACCACUUUCUUUGGCUCAGCAUUUGGCUCAGCAGCUGCGUGUCGCUGGUGCAAGACUCAAAGCUUAAAGCCUGGAAUCGAUCCAAAUCGCCUGGGAUCGAUGCAAAUCUAAGAGAAAUCACUUGUGACUUGUGACUUUUGUUUUCUUUUUUUGCUGUUUUAAUUGUCACAUAGAGCUUACAAUGCACGGUCCCAAUCAACUGCAAACUUGAUGCGCUCUCCUUGGUUUUUGAAAUCGUCGAACUAUGGUCGAGAGCAAAAUCAUCAUCCACAACAAAUCUGCGGAAGUCAUUGCCACAGGUGGAACAAAAUCUGAUUCAGUUGCUUCGAGGAUAAACAUCAGUGGAAUGCGUCGCCCAAUGUUCCCAAUGUUCUGUGCAGCCUUUUGCCCGGACAUUCUCAACAUUCUCAACAUUCUCAACAUUCUCAACCAUCAAUAGGUGCCCUCACACUUGAGACAAAACUGAUGUUUCGAUGAGACGUGAUCAGCAAAUAAGCCUCUGUGGCUGCAGCUUUCGUUCACAGGAUUGUUCACAGGAUUUCAGAAGCACAGCUUUCGAAGCUGAAAUUAGUUGAUCGAAAAGCGUUACAUCUGACAUGGACAUCUGAAAAGUCCAUGUAGCAGUCAGAGGCACUUCGAGGGCAGACAAUGACUUGGGCACAUCCAACAUGUGCAUGGAACAAUAAACUUUGCGAGAGCUGUGCAGCUGGGAUCUUGAGCGCAUCCUCUUUUCCAAUGUCACUUGCAGUAUCCCUUGAUAUCUGAGCAAAGCUUUCGACUGAAAAGGCCCCCAAGCUCUCUCAAUAUCGGACACUGCAAUGCACAGUCCAACUUGUGCUCUGUCAGCCACUGGUCACAAGACCAACUUGCACUUUGCUCGUCCGGGCUUUGCUCUAGGAAUAGCAUGUCAGCAACUGCCCAGCUUCCGCGAGACUGAGAUGCUAUGCUGACUGCCAGUGUGGCUUGAUUACAACUUGCACCAAGUGGAGUUCACUUGUUGAGAAGGAGUCAAUGCACCAAAAACUAACAAUCUGAAUGUUUGGUGCGUGCAGCAGGAGGAAACCCAGCAUGUAUCGAGGUCAAUAUUUGGCAGCUGUAUCCAUCAUCUCAUUGAGUCUGCUUUCACCUUACUGAACAUGCUUCUGUGGCCAUGUUGCCACACUUGGCUUCACUUCCGAAAAUAAGGUAAAGGAACGCCGACUAUCUUCUGCAACGAACCAAAAAAGUCCCAAUCUGUGUCUGCCACGCAUGAUUGUGACGCAG